AUGUCUACGAAUAACGGAGUUGCUGCAUUAUGUACUGAAUUUGCAGAUUUGUUUUGUGAUCCAUGUAAAAGCGAUGGACAUAGUUUGCGUGUGGAGGGAUACUGUGUCGACUGUGAAGAAUAUUUGUGCAAUGAUUGUUAUAAAGUGCAUUGCCGUCCUUCUAUAACAAGACAUCAUGUGCUAAAAGAGAAGGCCAAUAUGCCGAAAAAGAAAGAUUGCAAACCCGACACCUGUGCAAUUCAUGUUGAACAGCUGGUAGAGUGUUAUUGCGAAACACAUGACGAGGUUUUCUGCUCUUCCUGCCAAACUUUGAGUCACGAAAAAUGUGAAAGUGUUAAGCGUAUCAAUGACAUUUUGCCUGGAAUAGAUAUAAAGAAGGAAUUUGAAAAGCUGCAAGACAACACAGGACUGUUAAGGAAUGACAUAAACAUUACACAAUAUGCCGUUCAGUCAGGACUAAAGGCAAUUGCGAUGAAUCAUGACAAAGCUAGAAAUGAAAUGUCAUCUGUUCGAAAGCGUAUAAAGGAACACAUUGACGAGAUCGAAAACGAUCUUGACAAGAAAUUGAAAACAAUCAGAGAUGAAGAUGAAAGAAAAUUCAUUUCCCAUAAAAAUACAUGUGAAGCAAUGUAUUUCGAUGCAAACACUAUCGAAUCCUAUGUUCAACCUAAAAUCUCAAAAAACAGAACACUGGAUGCAUUCAUAGCCAUGAAAAGGGCACAAAGCAAAAUAAGAGCAGACCAUGUCAAUCUUAAAAGGAUAAGAAUGGACAAUAAAAUUAAAAGAUAUUCGUUUACAAAACCAGAUCAAGAAGUGACAAAGCUACUUCACCAACCUAAAUACUUUUGGAACUUUUUCUUUUAA